CCAUUAUUCGUGCACUUCAAUCGCCACCUGUGGAAGAGUUUGGAUUUCAAUAUCCCAGCUUCCACGGGAUACUCAGCAGCCUUGCUGACCGGAUGCGGAUGCGAUUGCAUUUCAGGCCCCCCAUGGCCGGUCAACGAGUCCCAACAAGGGGUAUCUGCCAUGAAUUCCCACAACUAUCGCUGUAAUCCAUUUCCUCUUUCUUAGCCUGCAUCAAGGCUGUUCGAAUAGAGCCACCAUGAGAUCAAGCGACAAAGAAUCUGCCCUACUACCAGCCAGCGAGCCACCACCGCCCCCUGACGGUGGUCUUCAGGCCUGGACCCAGGUUUUCUGUAUGCACAUGACCUUCUUCAACUCUUGGGGCGUCUCCAACAGCUUUGGGGUCUUCCAGCAAUUCUACUCGGAAACUCUGCCUCAAUCGAACUCGGAUCUCUCGUGGAUCGGAGGCGUGCAGGUGUCGCUCCUCUUCUUUGUGGGUGUCAUCUCCAGCCGCCUCACCGAUGCAGGCUAUUUCCGCCCGGUGUAUUUCCUCGGUGUUCUCUUCCAGCUGGUGGGGGUGUUCAUGACCUCUCUUUGCAAGAACUAUUGGCAAAGCUUCUUAGCCCAGGGUGUCUGUAUGGGCUUAGGGAAUGGUUGCACAUUCUGCUCUGGACUGACGGUUAUGUCGUCGUAUUUCCUACGCAACCGAGCUCUCGCCGUCGGGGUGGCUGCAGCUGGGGCAGCUGUCGGGGGGUUGAUAUUUCCAGUCGUGGUGGAUAGGCUUCUCUAUGAAGAUGCCGUGGGCUAUCCCUGGACUCUGCGAGCGGUGGGCUUCAUCAUGCUCGCUACGCAGAUUCCAUGCUUGCUGUUUUUCAAACCGCGCCUGCCGCCUCGAAGAAGUGGGCCGCUAGUGGAUUGGAGUGCGUUUCGAGAAAUGCCGUUUGCCUUCUUCACCAUGAGCAUGUUCUUCAACUUCUGGGGCUUGCACUUUGCCUUUUUCUACCUGGGAACCUUUGCUCGCGACCGAAUCGGGAUGUCGAGAUCUGACUCAUUGGAUCUGAUCAUGGUUAUUAACGGCGUCGGGAUCGUUGGUCGCAUCGUCCCGGGGAUGAUCGGUGACCGAGUCACGGGGAUGCUGAAUGUCCUGGUUCCGUUUAGCUUUGCUGCAAGUCUGCUGACAUACUGCUGGGCGGCGAUUGAUAGUACAGCUGGUUUGUAUGUAUUUGCUGUGGUUUAUGGCAUCAUUGCGGCGGCACUGCAGUCGCUUUUCCCGGCCACGGCCACUACCAUGAGCCCGGACAUGAAGAAGACGGGAACCCGAGUUGGCAUGAUCAUGACGAUUGUUGGGGCGGCUGCAUUGACGGGGCCAUCGAUUCAGGGUGCUUUAAUCAACCGGGACGAUGGGAGGUACCUUUAUGGGCAGUUGUUCUCGGCCACAUCGAUUAUGAUCGGUGCUCUUGCUGGAGUUGCGUGCAGGGUUUCCAAGUCGGGGUUUGUGUGGCAAGCGAAGGUCUAACUGAG